GCCCCGCUGCUUGGGUCAGCGCAGCCUGGAAACUAGCAGCUGCAACUCCUCGGAACCGCCGCCUCCGACUCUGCGCGCUCGGACCCCGAGCGCCUGCGUCUGUCCCGGAAGGCAGCCACCAUGGACUCGGCGCCGGAGCUGCUCUUCUACGUGAACGGCCGCAAGGUGAUAGAAAAAAAUGUCGAUCCUGAAAUGAUGCUGUUACCGUAUCUGAGGAAGAAGCUUCGACUCACAGGAACUAAGUAUGGCUGUGGAGGAGGCGGCUGUGGAGCCUGCACUGUGAUGAUAUCACGAUAUAACCCCAUCACCAAGAAAAUAAGACAUCAUCCAGCCAAUGCCUGUCUGAUUCCCAUCUGUUCUCUGUAUGGAUCUGCUGUCACCACAGUAGAAGGCAUAGGAAGCACCAAGACCAGAAUUCACCCCGUCCAGGAAAGGAUCGCCAAGUGUCAUGGCACCCAGUGUGGAUUCUGCACCCCUGGAAUGGUGAUGUCCAUCUAUACGCUGCUUAGGAAUCAUCCAGAGCCUACUCUGGAUCAGUUAACUGAUGCCCUUGGUGGUAACCUUUGUCGUUGUACUGGAUACAGGCCCAUCAUUGAUGCAUGCAGGACUUUCUGUAAAACUUCUGGCUGCUGUCAAAGUAAAGAAAAUGGGAUUUGCUGUUUAGAUGAAGAAAUAAAUGGAUUACAAGAGUUUGAGGAUGAAAAUAAGAUAAAUCCCAAACUCUUCUUAGAAGAGGAUUUUCUGCCUUUGGAUCCAACCCAGGAACUGAUAUUUCCUCCUGAACUAAUGAGAAUGGCUGAGAAGCAGCCGCAAACAACCAGAGUUUUUGGUGGUGAUAGAAUGACAUGGAUUUCUCCAGUGACGCUGAAGGAACUUCUAGAAGCUAAAUUCAAGUAUCCCAAGGCCCCUGUUGUCAUGGGGAACACCUCUGUGGGGCCUGAAGUAAAAUUUAAAGGUGUCUUUCACCCAAUUAUAAUUUCUCCUGAUAGAAUUGAAGAACUGAGUGUGGUAAACCAUGGACAUAAUGGGCUAACACUGGGUGCUGGCCUCAGCCUGGAUCAGGUGAAGGACAUCCUGGCUGAUGUGAUCCAGAACUUCCCAUAUGAGAAGACACAGACAUACCGUGCUCUCCUGAAGCAUUUGGCAACUCUGGCUGGGUCCCAGAUAAGGAACAUGGCUUCUUUAGGGGGCCACAUCAUGAGCAGGCAUCUAGAUUCAGAUCUGAAUCCCCUCCUGGCCGUGGGUAACUGUACCCUCAACUUGCUCUCUAAAGAAGGAGAACGACAGAUUGCUUUAAAUGAGCAAUUUCUCAGCAAGUGCCCCGAUGCAGAUCUCAAGCCUCACGAAAUCUUGGUCUCAGUGAACAUCCCCUACUCGAGGAAGUGGGAAUUUGUGUCAGCUUUUCGACAAGCGCAGCGGCAACAGAAUGCACUAGCUAUAGUCAAUUCAGGGAUGAGAGUCUUUUUUGGAGAAGGGGGUGGCAUCAUUAGAGAGUUAUCCAUCUUCUAUGGAGGUGUUGGUCCAACUACCAUCUGUGCCAAGAAUUCCUGCCAGAAACUCAUUGGAAGACCCUGGAAUGAAAAGACACUGGAUACAGCCUGCAGGCUGGUUCUGGAAGAAGUCUCCCUUCCAGGCUCUGCUCCAGGUGGGAAGGUAGAGUUCAAGAGGACUCUCAUCAUCAGCUUCCUCUUCAAGUUCUACUUGGAAGUGUCACAGAUUUUAAGGAGGAUGGACCCCAGUCACUAUCCUCAGCUUACAGACAAGUAUGAGAGUGCUUUAGAAGAUCUUUAUUCCAGACAUCGCUGGAGUACAGCAAAGUACCAGAAUGUAGACCCAAAGCAACCUCCUCAAGACCCGAUUGGCCAUCCCAUCAUGCAUCUGUCUGGUAUUAAGCAUGCCACGGGGGAAGCCAUCUACUGUGACGACCUGCCGGUGGUGGACCGGGAGCUUUUCUUGACUUUUGUAACGAGUUCAAGAGCUCAUGCUAAGAUCGUGUCUAUUGAUCUGUCAGAAGCUCUCAGCCUGCCAGGCGUGGUGGAUGUCGUGACUGCAGAACAUCUUGGCGAUGCAAACUCCUUCUGCCUUUUAACCAUACCUGAACAAUUUCUGGCAACAGAUAAGGUAUUUUGCGUGGGUCAUCUUGUCUGUGCCGUGAUUGCCGACUCUGAAGUUCAGGCAAAGAGAGCUGCCAUGCGAGUGAAGAUUGUCUACAAAGACUUGGAGCCAUUGAUCCUAACAAUUGAGGAAGCUAUACAGCACAACUCCUUCUUCGAACCAGAAAGGAAACUAGAAUAUGGAAAUGUUGAUGAAGCAUUUAAAAUGGCUGAUCAAAUUCUUGAAGGAGAAAUACAUAUGGGAGGUCAAGAACACUUUUAUAUGGAAACUCAAAGCAUGCUUGUUGUUCCCAAAGGAGAAGAUCAAGAAAUGGAUGUCUAUGUGUCCACACAGUUUCCUAAAUACAUACAGGACAUAGUUGCCUCAACCUUAAAGCUCCCAGCUAACAAGGUCAUGUGUCACGUGAGGCGUGUCGGUGGUGCGUUUGGGGGUAAGGUGAUCAAAACCGGCAUCAUGGCCGCCGUCACUGCGUUUGCUGCUAACAAACAUGGGCGUGCCAUCCGCUGCAUUCUGGAACGAGGAGAAGACAUGUUAAUAACUGGAGGCCGCCACCCCUACUUUGGGAAGUACCGAGCUGGAUUCAUGAAUGAUGGCAGAAUCUUGGCCCUCGACAUGGAGCAUUAUAGCAAUGGAGGCGCCUCCCUAGAUGAGUCAAUAUUUGUGAUAGAAAUGGGACUUCUGAAAAUGGACAAUGCAUAUAAGUUUCCCAACCUGCGCUGCCGGGGGAGAGCAUGCAGAACCAACCUUCCAUCCAACACAGCCUUGCGUGGGUUUGGCUUUCCUCAGGCAGGGCUGAUCACCGAACACUGUAUCACGGAAGUUGCAGCCAAAUGUGGUUUGUCCCCUGAGAAGGUCCGACAGAUAAAUAUGUAUAAUGAAAUUGAUCAAACGCCCUACAAACAAGAGAUUAAUGCUGAGAACCUGAUCCAGUGUUGGAGAGAGUGUAUGGCCAUGUCUUCCUACUCCCUGAGGAAAGCAGCCGUGGAAAAAUUCAAUGCAGAGAAUUACUGGAAGAAGAAAGGGCUGGCUAUGGUCCCCCUGAAGUAUCCUGUUGGCCUUGGCUCACUCGCUGCUGGUCAGGCUGCUGCCCUGGUUCACAUUUAUCUAGAUGGCUCUGUGCUAGUCACACAUGGUGGCAUUGAAAUGGGGCAAGGAGUCCACACUAAAAUGAUUCAGGUGGCUAGCCGUGAAUUAAGGAUGCCUAUGUCCAACGUCCACCUCCGUGGAACCAGCACAGAAACCGUCCCUAAUGCGAAUGUCUCUGGAGGGUCUGUGGUGGCGGAUCUCAACGGAUUGGCAGUGAAGGAUGCUUGCCAAACUCUUCUAAAGCGCCUUGAACCCAUCAUCAGCAAGAAUCCUCAAGGAACUUGGAAGGAUUGGGCCCAGGCUGCUUUCGAUGAAAGCAUUGGCCUCUCAGCUAUUGGAUACUUCAGGGGUUAUGAGUCAGACAUGAACUGGGAGAAGGGUGAAGGCCAUCCCUUUGAGUACUUUGUUUACGGUGCUGCCUGUUCUGAGGUUGAAAUAGACUGCCUGACUGGGGACCAUAAGAAUAUCAGAACAGACAUUGUUAUGGAUGUUGGCUGCAGUAUAAAUCCAGCCCUGGACAUAGGCCAGAUCGAAGGAGCAUUUAUUCAAGGCAUGGGACUUUAUACAAUAGAAGAACUGAAUUAUUCUCCUCAGGGCAUUCUGUACAGUCGUGGCCCAAAUCAAUAUAAAAUUCCUGCCAUCUGUGAUGUUCCCACUGAGUUGCACAUUUCUUUUUUGCCUCCAUCCAAAAACUCGAAUACCCUGUAUUCUUCCAAGGGUCUGGGAGAGUCCGCGGUGUUCCUGGGAUGUUCAGUGUUUUUUGCCAUCCGCGAUGCUGUGAGCGCAGCACGCCAAGAGAGAGGCCUGUGUGGACCAUUGAAGCUCCACAGCCCACUGACCCCAGAGAAGAUUAGAAUGGCUUGUGAAGACAAGUUCACAAAAAUGAUUCCAAGAGAUGAACCUGGAUCCUACAUUCCUUGGAAUGUAUGCAUAUGAUUCGAAUAUAAACCUCUGGAGAAAAUGGAGUGACUGUUCACAUAGACAUCUAUCCAGUCUUAAUACUCUAAGAUGCUAGAUCCGAAAAUCAGAUUUCACAGUUCAGAAAUCAUUCUAUGGAGUGUAGCUUUUAUAUAAAGCUGAUUUGAAAUAUUCUAUUUAGAUUUUGAUAGAUGUGCUUAAGCAAUCGAUAAAUCAUUUAAAAUGGUAUAAAUAGUAAUUGGUUUCCUCUAGGUUGAUAUUCUCUAUUACUCUACUCCUUAGAUUCAUUCGGCUAAAUGCAGUAGAUGAUGAUUUGUAUGUGAUUCAUACUUGGUUUGAUUCCACCAAUAGAAAUCAGACUGUCUAGUGAAAGGCAAAUUCAAAAUAAAUUUUAUAUUACUUUAACUUGGAAA